AUGCUCAACACGAAGAGCCCAUCACCAGCCAACAGCAACUACGACUUUGCGCUGCGCCAUGAGCGGGUGAAGCUGAUCGCAAGAGCGCUGAAGCAGUUCGGUGUGUAUAUUACCCGCACGACACAGGCAAUGCGCGAGGUGGCCAGCUGCCUCUCGCUCGUUGGCCAGAGCUAUCAUGAAGUCGCGCAGUGCGUCAACAACACGAACCCGCACAGCCGGGCGGAUCAGGACUGCUACAUCUCUUUUAAUAGACAGCUUGUCGAGAGCUACGGGGCCAACUUGCAGAAUGCGGCCACGCUCUUCUCCGCUGAGAUGAUGAACAUCAAGAAUGGCGAGCAGUUCUUGUCUUAUAAUAAAUCGGUGCAUCGAACGGUGAUGACGCGGCUGCACGAUGUACUGAAAAUGGCACAAAGGACACGCGACCUUGGCGAUGAUGUGAAGGCGGAGCUCAAGAAGGCCACCUCCUGCAGGAAGGUCGUUAGUAGAAAAGAGGCAAAGUACAUCCGCAAGGGCCGGCCCUUGACGGAGAGCAAGCUCUACGUGAGGCAGUCGGAGAGGAUGCGGAAGCACGAUCAAGCCUACGAGGCCAAACUGCGAACCUUUGACACCGAGUACGAGUCGCUCAUGCAACGCCAGCUGUACGUGGCGGGUCACACGAUGGAUGACUUCCUGGACAUGAACACGGUGUACCUGUCGCACAUUCUGAAGGUGCUCGGUUGCCUAGCCCCAAACGGCGCGGAGGCCAUCCAGAAGAUGCUGGACAGCGGCGAGAAGCUCAGCGAUCUCCUGGGCAUCGCGCCGGAGGAUCAGCUCGGCUGUCGACUGAGAGCGCAAAACGUUGACGUGCUCAACAGCAGCAAUGUAACACCGGUGAAGAGAGGCGUCGGCGCUACGCCUGGCAAGGGAACACCAGCCAAGUCCAGCUGCUGCGGCUCCUCGCACAACUUCACUAGCUAUUACCAGAACCGCCGCCAAGCGGCUCUGUAUGUCGAGGGCGCACCGCCGACGGCGCGCGCACUUGGCGAAGACAGCCGCGGGAGCAGUGAGCCCUGCCAAACACUCAGUGAAACGCCGGAGCGGCAGCUCAUCUCCAACCAGACGCCGUUGAGAGCCACAUUCGGCAGCGCAGCAAUCUGCAGAGCAGCAAGUCACUCGUAUUCGGCAGCAGAGCCGGCCGCGCCGUCGCCUCUGCAGCCUCCGUCCUUCCCUGCUGCCGUGCGACGCGUCGAUGCUGCGCCGGUGCCGUACGUCAAACCGCUAGCCAUCGGCCUCCACGCUUCAUGUGGGUCGCCAGGCACGACCACAGACGCCGCGAAACAGACCUGUCCAGCCGGGAAUGCAGCACCAGCUGCAUGGGUGGUAAAGACCGGUGGCCGCCGAGGUAGUGUUUGUGAUACGACCAACUCGCGCACAAGGGUUGAACUUAGCCUCGGCCACGCACAGUUUGACGACGACAACACGGCGGCCGGUGCACCGCCUGCAGCUUGCCUUGCCCCAGCGCCGCCGCCCGCCCAAUACAGCGAGGAGAGGCCGAUGGAACGGCCAUUGGGCCGCUCAGAGGUGCCGGCUGCUCAGGCGGCCAUGUUCGGACUCGACGUGGCACGAUCCGCGGCGCCUUUUGACGAUCAACUCGUCGCCGACUCGUGCAGGCGCACAUCGCUCUUGUCCCUGAAACCCGUUGCGUUGUUCCCUCUCGACGUGAGCGAGAGCAGCAUCUCACGGAAAGUGGCACCGCGCACGUCGGCAGCGACGACCUCUGUUGCUAAUCCCUCGACGCAGCAGCGCUCACGCCGCGACCGGAAGAAGCACAAGACCACCAAAGUUGUUGCUGCUGCGAGAGGAGUGCCGCUGCCAGGCACCGCCUCUGCACCGCCGGACGAGGACACCAUGUCGAGGAGCACGAGCACGCAGUCUCAGGAGGCAUUGGAGAGCAGCAUUCACGGCUAUCAUGCCGCACAUUACCAUUGCCCGCCGCCACAGCAGCUACACAACUUGAAGCAGCAUCCUCAGCGCGACUCUGCACCUGUCAGCUUGGCACACUUCCAGAUGGAACUGACAGGUUGCAGCGGGGAUGCUCCGUGCCAAUGGCGCAACGACGGACUCUGUUCCGAGGCCGGUGGGGUGUCGGGGCGCUCGCAACGCUUAUCUACCAGCUAUGGACUGGACAGCCCUACACCGACACCUCAGCCGUUUGCGCUAGGCACGCAUGCAUGGGAGGACUCACAAGUGCGGCCAUGCAGUUCCGCGUAA